AUGAAAGAUCGCGUAGGUGCACGUGGAUUUACUGUUCCGAACGUUACGGACUGCACAAAUCGACCCAAAUUAAUCAACCUAAAAUCUCCUGAAGUACAGCAUGAGGAAAGCAAGGAGAGGAUUAUGCAAAUCAAUCUCACGCUGCGGAGAAGGCAGCAUAAGUGGGUGUCAGUCCAAUGGCACACCGUGAACAAGGAGUCAUUAUCAGUUCAAUUACACUCCCCAAUCUUGGGCUCACAAACGACGCACGGGUACAAGGAAGCUUGCUGCAAUUCGAACUCAUUCCUGCAGACAGAAUUUUUUAGGCAUUCUCCGGAGCUGCUUUAUCUUGGCUUUUUCGAGGCACUAGCAGACAAUUCCCAGAAGAUCCUCUACGUCAGGGCUUGCUAUGUCAUUCAAAUUUGGUCCGAGUCUUUUUAUCUGGACGAGCUAAACGUACCAUACACAGAAGGCCAAUCGAUCCUGGGAGAAGAACCCAAUUGUUCAUUGAACUCGAUUGAUCUGUCGGGAGGAAUCUAUCUAAAAACGAGGGAACUCAUCAACCGCGACUCUUCUCAAAGUUCGUUCACUUUUGACUCGGAAUUUGAUCGUGAUCCAGCGUGGAAUAUACCAAUAAUCUUUGAUCGCUUCAAAAUGAUUCAGGUCAAGGGAGUCAAGUCGUAA